GUCGGGUGAAUUGAAGCACGCUGGUGCUAGCGCUUAUGAAAGUAGGUCCCUGCGGCUGCGCAUGUCGCCUCUAGGCCCAUUCAGAGCAUGGCAUACAUCAGCCAUGCUCGACAUAGACCAGAUGCUUCUGCCACCGCCGCCUGCGCCGCAAUCGCGACUGCAGUUGCAGCUGUCUCCCGGCUCCUCACUCGCUCCCCGGGCCGGCCUGUCUGCGUGGCACUUGUCAUCGUGCUGUGCUGGAUAAGACGUUGCGCCCAAGCCUGUGCGACAGUUGCUCCACCCCCAUCCUCUCAAUGUUGAAGAGGUGAAACCACACACGCUCGACUCGUCCGUACCAUGGAUCCGUUUCGAGGAAGGCAUCAUGCCUCCCGGUCAGUGUCGCCAGACCCGUUCGCAGACCGCUACGAUCCCGACGAUGCGCCCUCCGACCCCAUUGCGAUGCAGACCCUCUCCGCCGCCGCAUAUCCCUCGCCAGACCUUCGCCGCGGCCCCUCGCCAGGCGCAUCGCCUCAAUGGAGCCCGGAAAUCGGCCUGUCGUUCCCGCGCGGGGGCCAUAGCUACGAACCAGUACGAAGCUCACUACCGCCGACCGAUUCGCGUACAAUGUCGUUGUACUCUACCCACUCUCUCGGCUACCACAAGACGAAAGACCAGGAGGCGCAGCAGCUGGUUGACCGCAGGGCUGGGGAGAUUGCAGAGUGGAAGGUCCACUGGAUAACACCGGUGCUGAUGAUUGCUCUGUUUGUCGCCGGAGUGGCAGCUGCGGUGGGGCACCAUUUCUUCUACCUGUCUCUGGAAGGGAAGCCGGCCACCGACCAGCUGAUCAUGGUGCGCUACGGAACCGCCCUUGCUUUUUUCGUCAAGAGCGCACUCGUUGGCUCCAUUGUCAUGUGUUACAGACAGCGAAUUUGGCACACCCUUCGAACGAGAGCCUUAACAAUUGCUGGCAUUGACGGCCUCUUCUCCGCGACCGAGGAUCCUACCCAGUUCUUCUACAACGGAGAGAUGAUGAUCAAUGCCAAGAUCGCAACAGUCAUGGCAAUCUGUAGCUGGCUCAUCCCAAUUGCGUCCGUCUUGUCGCCGGGCUCUCUUACCUCGGAGAUGACCGUUCUGAAAAACGCGACAGACCUCUGUCCUCAAGUAGCUACUUUGAACUUUGCAAAGGAAGCAAAAUUCGACUUCCGAGGGGAGAGCUCCUACGUCGGCUCUUCGUUGGUCUAUUACAACACAACCAAUUUCGAGGGCGAGGGUGAUUUCUUCGACUACUAUGACCGGCCCUCGCAAAACGCCAAACGCCUUGUCUUUGCGAGCAUGUAUCUUAAGGAGCCAGCAGCAAACACCAAUGCUUCCAUCAACUCGUGUGGGGAGGGCUUCAAUUGCACCUACGAGAUCAACUUUGAGGCACCAGGCUAUAAGUGCGAUCUCUAUGCAGACAGCGACCAUGCCGAUGCUGGGGAUGCACCCUUUAGCAUGGACGUGCUUGCCCCCAAAGGCGACAAUCUUUACUUUGCUGUUGUCGACCAGGGCGACUACAAGAUGCCUCAAACAGAGACCGGCGCACACGGGAUUCCCAUCAAGGAGCCAUACCCCGAUUCACUCGGUGUCUUCGACGUAGAGCCUACUUUGUGGAUAGGCUAUGUCAUCAAUACCCACCAGCCCUGGCCAGCUAAUGCCCCGGAGGAUUACAAAACACGCUGGGGCUCCAUCCACGAACCGAAGCUCAUCAAGUGCAUAGCCUACCACACAAACUACACAUUCCAGAUCGAAUACCGCAACUCAAAGCAAAACUACACCCGCAUCAAACGCGACUUCCUGCGCCCCGUCGUCGACACGACCUUCACCGCGGACGCCCACAACAGCAGCGAAGGCACCGCCUCCCCCUCCGCCAACUUCGUCUCCCCAAAAGGUGACGUCCAAACCUACAAACGCACCGCCGCCUACCACGCCAUCAUGCAGCUCCUGCGCAACUUCCUCGGCGGCAGCGUCUCCAAGAGCAAAGGCCUCUUCGUCACGUCCUCCGACAUCUCGGAGACAAAGCUCAUGGACGCAGAAAUCACUUACCCGCAGCAGGACCUCCCCGCCGCGAUCCAGGGCCUCUUCGAAGACAUACUCAUCAGCCUCCUCUCGGACCCGCGCCUCAUCGUUGCGGACACACAGGCCGUGCCCUGCACAAAGGACCAGUCCGUAAACGUGUACAAGUACAAGCGCGAGGGCCUCUGGAUUGGCUACGCGUUCGCCGUGGCCGGCGCAUUCGUGUGCCUCGUCGUUGGCGGGUGGGCCAUCCACCAGAACGGCGUGGCGUCGGACACGCUGUUCAGCCGCAUCCUGGUCACGACGCGGAAUCCGACGCUAGACCGGCUCAGCGUGGGCGCCUGUCUGGGCGGCGAUCCAUUUCCCAAGGAGCUCACGCGGACGAAGUUGAGAUUCGGAGUGCUGCUGGAGGAGAACCCGAGGGAGGGCCCGCUGGGGACCGUCGAGCAUUGCACGUUUGGCGCUGUGGGCGAGACGAAGCCGAUUGUCAAGUUCGGGACGUAUGCGGGGCUCAAGAAGUACAGGAGAGACGGCAGUGAAGAGCAAGGGGGUUGGGAUGAGAAGGAGCCUCUGCUGGAGAAGGAGGGUCUGAGGAGAAGGUGAGAGAGGACGAAAAAAAAAAAAAAAAAAAAAAAAAAAAA